UCCAUUCACGUCGCCCAUCUCCUCCAUCACAGUUUCAACUAAUGGUUAGAAACUUAGAAGUCCAACAUCUCAUAGCUAUGCAAUGCUUGAAUAAAUAAUUAAGCGUUGGUGGUUUGGGGGUUUAUGACUUGGGGAAAAAAAAAACAGCAAAUAGGGGACUGUGUUGAUCCCCUUCUCCUUCCCCGUUCUGAUGGCCUCCUUCCUCUCUCGCAGAACAACCCAUAAACUCCUCCUCCGAGAUCCUAAAAACCCUAAUCUCAACUCCUUUACUGCCCUCCUCCAGCUCAACUCUCAUCUCAGAAUUCUCUGCAAACCAAUCCCCAUUCCCUCCGAUCUCACUCCCUUUCUCUCGGAUUUUCCCAAACCUAAUCUUGGCUUCCUCAAAUCCUACCCGAUUUCCCCCAAAAAUCUCCAAUCCCGUUCCCUUUUCCAGCAAAGCUUCACAAUCCCCAAUCUUGGGCCCUACUCCUCACUGAGUUCCAUAAACCCUCGCAUUUAUGGGCUCAAAUCCCACUCGAACCUUUCCAAAAUCGUAACUUUGGAUCCACCCGGCGGUCCCAAUCCCAAUCCCAGCUCCAGGAACUUCUCCUCGAGCUCGCCGGAGAGCUCCUCCGAUGCCGGAGACCCUCUCCGAUCCCCUGAAUUCCAGCACCAGGAGAUCACCGGUCCCACGGUGGAGCGCGACGUCUCCGCCCUUGCGAACGAGACCCGUCAGGUGCUCGACUCCCUGAGGAAGUCCAUCUACCACCUCAGCACCACCCUCGCCGUCCUCGGCAUCGGCCACCUGGGCCUUGGGGCUUGGAUCGCCUACGCCGUGCGGCCCCCCGACGAGGUCUUGAUCCAGGGCCUAAUGGCCUUCGCCUUCCCCUUCUCGCUGGCUUUUCUUAUGCGCCGGAGCCUCAAGCCAAUCACUUUCUUCCGGAAGAUGGAGGAGCAAGGCCGGCUUCAGAUCCUCACCCUCACUCUCCAGGUAUCGAAGAGCGUGAACCUCUUGUUCUUGAGGACUCGCGUGGUCUCGGUCUGUUGCAUUCUGGGCAUUUCAGCUGGGUCUUUGGUCACUCUCUGGUUGCGGUGAGAUAAAUUUGUUCUGAGACUUCGUCGAGGUAUCAUGUUGUCCCUGUGCUUUUUUUAAAAUUUUCAAUUCUGAAUUCGGUGUUCUAAAUAGAUGUUGUGGAGCUGAUGAGUCCUCUACAGUGCAAAAUAAUGUAAAUUUUGAGUAAUACUUCUGCAGCAUUUUGGUUUUUCAUCUUUCUUAAAGUUGGCACUUCUAAGGAUCUCUGUGUGUUUAGCAAUUUACAGCAUCAAAAAGGAGAAAUUUCAGCAUCCUUCUUCUUAAA